GUUAAUUCAAACGGCAUGGCUGAAUCUCAAUCAUUGGAAGCUUCUCAAGAGGCAUCUGGAAAUAUCCCUGCACUUAAACCUCCUCCACCUCCACCACCUAAACCUCCUGCUCCUCGCCCUCCACCACCUCCAAAAGUUGUUCGUGCUCCGCCUAUUCCACCAAAAUCGGGUAAUUCGACUAAACCUUCACCUCUUGGACCACAUAGCAAAGAUUCUUCUUCAGACGAGGGACAUGACCUAUCCAGUGAAUCUGAUGCUCCAAAAGCAAAGUUAAAGCCAUUAUUCUGGGACAAGGUUCCUGCCAACCCUGAUCACUCAAUGGUUUGGCAUGAUAUCAAAGCCGGAUCAUUCCAGUUCAAUGAGGAGAUGAUGGAAACUUUAUUUGGUUAUGCCGCUGCAGAUAAAAACAAAAAUGAGCAGAGGAGAAAAUUGUCAUCCUUGGGAACUACCAAGCAAUAUAUUCAGAUUAUUGAUGCUAAGAAAUCACAAAAUUUAGCAAUUGUUCUAAAAGCAUUAAAUGUGACAACAGAAGAAGUCUUGGAUGCCCUCAAGGAAGGUAAUGAGCUUCCUGCAGAGCUUUCUCAAACCUUGUUGAAGAUGGCACCAACAACAGAAGAAGAACUAAAGCUUAGGUUAUUUAGUGGGGAUCUUUCUGACCUUGGGCCUGCUGAGCGGUUCCUUAAAGCAAUGGUUGAAAUCCCGUUUGCCUUCAAACGACUCGAGUCAUUAUGCUUCAUGAGUUUUCUUCAGGGGGAAGUCUCUUCCAUUAAGGAGUCCUUUGAAAUUUUAGAGGUAGCUUGCAAAGAGCUCAAAAACAGCAGACUGUUCCUGAAACUUUUAGAAGCAGUUCUCAAAACCGGCAACCGUAUGAAUGACGGUACCUUCCGCGGUGAUGCACAAGCAUUCAAGCUUGACACACUUUUGAAACUGUCCGAUGUAAAAGGAACAGAUGGGAAGACCACACUUCUACACUUCGUUGUUCAGGAGAUCAUCCGAUCUGAAGGCAUACGAGCUGCACAUAAAGCAAGUGAGAGCAAGAGCAUGUCCAGCGGCUCCAGCCUAAAAUCAGAAGACCUUGUUGAAGAUUCUAUUGAAGAAACAGAAGAGUAUUAUCGCAGCCUUGGUCUUCAGGUCGUUUCAGAUUUAAGCAAUGAGCUUGGGAAUGUAAGAAAGGCUGCAUUCAUAGAUGGUGAUAUCCUAACAUCAACAGUGGCCAAACUUGAUCACUCGCUAUCCCAAUGUAGAGAGUUUCUUAACACUGAAAUGAAAAGUAUAGAAGAAGAAAGCAAGUUCCAUGAUACUUUGGCUAGUUUUGUGGAACAUGCAGAAGUUGAGAUCGCAAGGUUGCUUGAGGAAGAAAAGAGUAUAAUGGUUCAGGUGAAGAAUACAGUGGAUUAUUUCCAUGGGAAUGCAGGAAAGGAUGAAGGGUUGCGUUUGUUUGUGGUUGUUCGGGAUUUCUUGGUAAUGGUUGAUAAAGCAUGUCAACAAGUAAGAAAUUCAUUAACCAUGCGACCGAGGAAUCCCAGGAAGGAGGGUUCAAGUUUAACGGCAUCACCUUCUCAAGGAGUUCCUCAUUCUCCUUUACAAGAUGUUCGCCAACAACUAUUCCCAGCAAUAAAGAAUCUACGGAUGAAUGAAUCAAGUUCAGAAGAUGAGGGCUUCUCACCAUAGCAAUCUACUUAAGGACCAAAAAGAAAAGAAAAAGAAGGUGGAUAUGGAAACUUGGAGCUCUACCGCAACAGAUGAAGCUUUGAACUCUGAUCUGGAUCUCUCUGUAAAUUGUCUAUGUAGCUUAUGAAAAUGAGUUGUGUCUGAUGAAAAGAACAAAGGAUAACUCCAUGGAUCCAAAGGCAUUCAGUCCAUAGUUUAUAGUGACCUUUAUGUAGAAAACACCCGACUUUUUCAUGAAAUGACAAGCAUAACAUCCUUUUAAAUAUAUAUUUUUUUCCUUCUGUUUUUUGUAUCGUAUUAAUAUUUGAAAUCUAAUAUAGAGAAGCUGUUUGAUGUUAUACAUG